AGGUCCAGUUCUCCACAUCCUCGCCCACGCUUCAGAUUGUCAGUCUUUUUCAUUUUAGGUGUACUGGCAGCUUCAUCUUCGGUAAAAGAUGUGUGAUCAGACGUUUCUAGUUAAUGUAUUUGGCUCCUGUGACAAAUGUUUCAAACAAAGGGCUCUGAGACCAGUUUUCAAGAAAUCUCAACAGCUCAGCUAUUGCUCAAUAUGUGCAGAAAUUAUGGCCACGGACGGGCUGCAAGAGAACGAGACGCUGGCGUCGCUGAAAACCGAGGCCGAGAGCCUCAAGGGCAAACUGGAGGAGGAGCGGGCCAAGCUGCACGACGUGGAGCUGCACCAGGUAGCAGAGCGGGUGGAGGCCCUGGGGCAGUUUGUCAUGAAGACCAGGAGGACCCUCAAAGGCCACGGGAACAAAGUUCUCUGCAUGGACUGGUGCAAAGAUAAGAGGAGGAUCGUGAGCUCGUCACAGGAUGGGAAGGUGAUCGUGUGGGAUUCCUUCACAACUAACAAGGAGCAUGCAGUCACCAUGCCCUGCACGUGGGUGAUGGCGUGUGCAUACGCCCCGUCGGGAUGUGCUAUUGCGUGUGGUGGUUUGGAUAAUAAGUGUUCUGUGUAUCCACUGACGUUUGACAAAAAUGAAAACAUGGCUGCCAAAAAGAAGUCUGUUGCUAUGCAUACCAACUACCUGUCAGCCUGCAGCUUCACCAACUCUGACAUGCAGAUCCUGACGGCGAGCGGUGAUGGGACGUGUGCCCUGUGGGACGUGGAGAGCGGGCAGCUGCUGCAGAGCUUCCAUGGGCACGGGGCCGACGUGCUCUGCUUGGACCUGGCCCCCUCAGAAACAGGAAACACCUUCGUGUCUGGGGGAUGUGACAAGAAAGCCAUGGUGUGGGACAUGCGCUCUGGUCAGUGUGUGCAGGCCUUUGAAACACACGAAUCGGACAUCAACAGUGUUCGAUACUACCCUAGUGGAGAUGCCUUUGCUUCAGGAUCAGAUGACGCUACGUGUCGCCUCUACGACCUCCGGGCAGACAGGGAGGUCGCCAUCUAUUCCAAAGAGAGUAUCAUAUUUGGAGCAUCCAGCGUGGACUUCUCCCUCAGUGGUCGCCUGCUGUUUGCUGGCUACAACGAUUAUACCAUCAAUGUCUGGGAUGUUCUCAAGGGAUCCCGAGUCUCCAUCCUGUUUGGACAUGAAAACCGCGUUAGUACUCUACGAGUUUCCCCUGAUGGGACUGCGUUUUGCUCAGGAUCAUGGGAUCAUACCCUAAGAGUCUGGGCUUAAUCGUCUUCUCAAAAUGCACUCAUAGGUAUCUGAGGACAGAAUUUGAAAUCGUCACAUGUAAAUAUUAAUAGAUCUUACUUCUAGAGGAUCUGAGAGUUUAUCGCACUUUAGCUUAAGGGAGCAACUCCAUGGCUGAAAGUACACAGGCAUCUCCAAUAUUACUGUUAGAACUACCACCCCUGGAAAAAUACUACUGUGAGUCUUCAGCUCUAGGAGAAUAUCUUCAAGUACCGUCUUUCUCAUUUUGAACACUUUUAAAAUGUAUUCAUUUUUUAAGGUUAUUUUUAAUUAUAUUAGCCUCAGCUCUUUCUAUUACCAACAGAAUUCAGCAUUUAAUGUAUUCUAUAUUAUUUCCUUGAAUCAAAUUUUGUUUUCAGAGCACUUUAAAAUCUGAUUUUUCUCAGUGUGCACUGUGACUGUUGGAACCUUCUAGAAGUGCUAAUUUUAGUGGAUUGUAUGAGAAGGACUGUGUUAAUUGAUCUGUGAUAGAAGAAAGUUCCAAUUCCAAAUGUAAUUAGACAAAGUCAAGUUUUUUUAAAUGUUUUUUUAUUGUAAAGGUAUCUUUUUCAGUCUUGCAUCCUAUUGUUUUUUUCCAGAUAAAACAUUUUUAUCUAUGUGAACUGUUAUAAAUGAAACAGAGACAUGCAUAAAAUGGACAGAAUGUUUGAUUUACAAAUUAUGUGAUAAUGUGAUAUAGCACAGUUAUCACUUGGACAGAACAUUUUGUUUGGAGGGAAAAGCUAAAUGCUGUUUGUGACACAAAUGCUUCUCAGAACAACCCAAACCUUUCUGUGUGGGAACACAAAGUAAACUUAUAUAAAAAUCUAUUACUAGUAUUAGACACAUUAGGGUUAGUAGUAUCUACUCGGCCUAAAGUGGAUCUUGUCCAUAUCCAUUAUACCCAUGUUUAUUGCAUUACGAGUAUAGUUACAUAUACAAAUUAAUUGCUAUGUCUUGAAUGAUAAUGUCUUUGAUUCUCUUAUACUGAGAACAAAUAGCAUAAAAGAUAUCUUGUCUUUAUUUGUAAUUCUGCGAUUCCUUCUGGAAAAUACCAAGUAUUUUUGUUACAGGAUCCCUUCUUUUUCUUUUUUUUUUUUCCUUUGUUUGUUUUUUAAAAUGUAGAGGCUUAUUCUUUGUUUUAGAAAAUUCCUCAUUUGUAAAGAAGGCAUGCGUUACCUAGGGAAAUAAAAAGUCACUUUAGACACUAAACAUCAUUCCUGGGUAAGGUUUGCCCUGUGGGUGGCCCGGGGUCUGACAGGCCAGGUCCUGUGGUGUCUGAGCGAGGGCUGUGUAUGCUGAGUCCCCUGGGUCAUCGGGUGUCUUCUCUUAGCCCUGCUCCAGCCUGGCCCUUCCCCUGGUGAGAGUUCUGGCUUUGCAGGCCCAGCCCCAGGCCCUGCUGCUCGGAGACACCCUGCUGGGGCUGGAGCCAGCACAGCCACCGGACAGUCCUGGGCCUGAUGCUCCUAUCCACCUAACGGGGUAUACCAGGACCACCCUCCAAACCACUCAGUCAGGUGUCAUAAUGGACCAGUCAGUCAAACAUCAAUUCUUUUUAAAUAAACAGAGUGGUUAUAUUCAGUCAUUUGCCAAGCAAACAUUUACUGAGGGUUUUACUACACAGCAGGCCCUGGCGUAGAGAGAGAAAUAGAAAAGGGCUCUGCCUCCAAAGACUCCAGAAGGACCAUUUUCCAGUCACCUUCUCCCUCUCCCCGCAGUGGAUUCAUCUGCCAGGGGCUCAGGGAAAUGGGCACAAGGUCUCCCCAGCUCCUGCCAGCUGCUGAAGGAGACAGACCCCACAGUGUGUCCCAUGAAAUUCCCGAGCUCUGCUCCCAGAACAUUCCAGAGUUUGCUCCUGGUCUUCUAGUUGUGGCAUUCCCUUCCCUCUCUCCCACAGACCCUGUCAUGUCUCUGCACUCUGACCUGGGCCUCCCAAAAGGGAAGGAAGACAGGACAAAGAAAAAGUUACCUAGACUGAGGGGGAGCAAAGUCAGGCUUAUAAGUUUGGAGAGACGGGGAGCAUCUUCAGUAUAUGUGCAAAUAGCUCAUAACUUUCCAGUCAGAUAAGCGACUUGAAGGACCCUAUGAAAGUAUUCCCUGGAACACUCACUCACCCCAGGGGCAGUAGGCCACCUGCCCUGUAAGUAUUUCCUUGCAGUGGGUGUGGUUUAGUAUUCAUUGAUGAAAUACUUGGUUGGGAACAUAUUACACCAUGUGGAGACUCAAAGGUAAACUCCAAGUAAUAAACUGUAUUUUGCAUAUUGAAAAUAA